CGCCGAUCAGUCUCCAAAUUUCUCUCCACUAUUGCUCCUUCCAAAUCUCCUCGCUUUCUAUUCUUGGGGUUCGGUGGUGGUGAUUUCUCCGCAGCUCGGUUUUAUUUCCCUUUUUUCCUUUUACCAGAAACAAGUGCUGCCUGUCUCCUCCCUCCCUCCCUCUGCCCUCGCCCCCGCGGCUUAAUCCCAAUUGGGUUGGGUUGGAGGAGCAACCCAAUUGGGGAUUAAUCUAUCAGAGGAGGAGGAGGAUUCGCACUCACCAUACCGAGGUUGCCUUGCUUCCUCUCCUCUCCCGUUCCUGGGAUUGGCCAAGCCGCAUCCACCCACAGCUCUGCCGCAGGAGUAGAAUCAUGAAGCUGAAAAACAGUUUUAGGGAGGCCGAUCCGGUCACGGUGCAGAGGGGCUAUGGUUUCAGGCCAAACCAACCAGCUGUUGUUCAUCAGACAAGAUGCAGAUGGAUCAUUGGAGAUGUGACCGAGGUGUUUGAUCAUAACACAUGGAAGCUUGGCAAGAUUGCAAAGAUUGUGAAGAAUGAUUACUUUGUCAUCAGGCUCGCCGACUGCAUCCAGUUGAAAGAGUUCCACAUUUCUAGCUUGAGGGUUCCACAACCACAAGAUGCUCCCACAGCUCCUCCUUAUGGCAAGCAGUUCCCUGCAGCUGAUAACAAGGUAAGCAACAUCCACUACCAAGCAGUUGAAGCAUUUGCUGCUUUUAAGGAGGAAAAAUGUAGCUCAGUUGAAGUGACCCGAAGUUCAGGCAAGAAGAGGAAAUCGUCCGAAGUUCUUGAUUUCUCUCCUCAGCCAAGCCAGAGGAGACUCUUCCAGGUGGCCAGGGAAGAGGCCGCCGCCACG